AAGAAAACAUCACCUUAACUUUGAUAAAGCUCCAAAUCAUCUAAAAUUAUAUAAAGUUCAUGUGACUAAUUUUUGAUCGUGAACAUGUCAUUAUGGCUAAUGUAAUUGAAUUAGGGAAAAAAGAAACAAGUGUAAGAAUUUGUGUCUGAAUUUAUCAGCUUCUCAACAAAUUCUAACUACUCAAUCGCGCCCUGUCGCGAGUCCGCUUCGAGCUUUUAACAGUCGCUGUUAGACGAUGAACAUUGCCUCCACCACUGCCUCCAUAAACUUCCCCUUCCAACUCUCAUCACUCGCCUUUCGCGCGUCCCACAAACGCGCCACUUUCUCACUUUCUUUUGCUCCUCGUUCUGUCUCCAAAACCGCCAUGGCAUCCGCUGCUCUCCGAUCAUCCACUCCAGUCCCAGCCGAACUCAACGAUGAGUCCGACUUCGAAUCUCUCCUCUCUCCGGACGGUUACAUCUCCAUAUGCGGUUUCGGCUCUCUUCUCUCCGAGAGAAGCGCACGAAGCACUUUCCCCGAUUUGGCAAACUUCCGAACCGCACAGUUGAAAAGCUUCCGGCGGGUCUUCGCGCACGUCGCUCCGGUUUUCUUCGAGCGCGGCAUUGCAAAGCCCGAAACCAUGGAGAUUUCGAGCUUGAGUGUGGAGCCAUGUGAAGGAGAAACUCUUGUAGUAACAAUGUUUGAGAUUAGAAAAUCUGAGAUUUCAUCAAGAGGGAGGUUGAGUUUCGGUUUCUUGCUGUUCUUCCUGAAACGCUUGAUGGCCAUGCUUUUGAUUUUCCAGCGGUCCUUUGUGCCCGUUACAGUGAUGAGGAAUUUUUCAACAUUAGAUGUAAAGUUGCAUUCAGGAAUCAAGGAAAUCUAUUUUCAGCAAUAUGGACGGUGGAAUAUAGAUAAAAUUUGGAGAGAUGAUGUUUUACCUUGUCGGGUUUAUCUUAGACACUGUGUACUAGCAGCAAAGAAUCUUGGUGAAACAGCCUACAACAACUUUCUGGAUCACACUUAUCUUGCUGACCGGAAAACAACCAUUCGCGAGUACUUGGCAACAACAGGUUCUGGUAUCAUGGAAGAGCAGCCCCCUGAAUCCCUCAAGCACCGCUAUGGCGGUUGAUAAUUUUAGCAGCAAUGAAUAUAUCAAUGUAAAGUGAUGGCAGAUGGGCUGAAGGGCUUGAUUCUUCAAUAUAAAAACUGUACAAUCUUUAAUAAUUCAUGAUUCACGACUUUCACUCUUCCGAUUUGGUGCUGAAUAUCAAGCUAAAAACAGCAUCAAUACAACUGACCUUAGCAUGUGUGUAAAAGAACUUUGUUGCUGAGUACCGUUUAAUUGUUUCCUUGGUUGAGCACAUUAUUCUUUAGCGCCCAAGAUUCAAACGUGUUUUUGUUUCAGAAACCAUGUGCUUCAACUUCUCAUUUUCAUUGUGAUGAGUACCAAUUUACCUCAGUACUGCAGUAUACAUGCUCCAUCUUCCAUCA